AUGCCUUUCCCGGCGGAGGCGAAGGCGGCGGGGCGCGUGGUGGCCCUGCUGCUGCUGCUGCUGCUGCUGCUCCCCGCCGUGCCCGCGGCCGUCCCGCCACGACCCCCGCUCCCGCUGCAGCCGAGCAUGCCUCACGUGUGUGCUGAGCAGGAGCUGACCCUGGUAGGCCACCGCCAGCCCUGUGUGCAAGCCUUCAGCCGCGUGGUGCCUGUGUGGAGGCCGGGUUGUGGGCAGCAGGCGUGGUGCGUUGGCCAAGAGCGCAGAACUGUCUACUACCUGAGCUACAGGCAGGUGUAUGCCACGGAGGCCCGUACUGUGUUUAGGUGCUGUCCGGGGUGGAUCCAGCAGCCCGGCCAGGAGGGCUGCCUCUCAGAUGUGGACGAGUGUGCCAGCGCCAAUGGGGGCUGCGAGGGCCCUUGCUGCAACACCGUGGGGGGCUUCUACUGCCGCUGUCCCCCUGGCCAGCAGCUGCAGGGUGAUGGCAAGACCUGCCAAGAUGUGGAUGAGUGUCGUGCACACAAUGGCGGUUGUCAGCACAGGUGUGUGAACACCCCCGGCUCUUACCUCUGCGAGUGCAAGCCUGGCUUCCGGCUCCAUUCGGACGGCAGGACCUGCCUGACCAUCAGCUCUUGCACCCUGGGUAAUGGUGGCUGUCAGCAUCAGUGUGUCCAGCUCACGGCAACGCGGCACCGCUGCCAGUGUCGGCCCGAGUUCCAGCUGCAGGAGGAUGGCCGGCGCUGCGUCCGGAGAAGCCCAUGUGCGGAUGGCAAUGGCGGCUGUAUGCACACAUGUCAGGCGCUCCGGGGCUUUGCCCACUGUGGCUGUCACACGGGUUACCAGCUUGCUGUGGAUCGCAAAGCCUGUGAAGAUGUGGAUGAAUGUGCUUCGGGGAUAGCUCAGUGUGCUCAUGGCUGCCUCAACACUCAGGGAUCCUUUAAGUGUGUGUGCCACGCGGGCUAUGAGCUGGGUGCCGAUGGCCGGCAGUGCUACCGGAUUGAGAUGGAGAUUGUGAACAGCUGUGAGGUCGGCAACGGAGGCUGCUCUCAUGGUUGCAGCCACACCAGCGCGGGGCCCCUGUGCACCUGCCCUCGUGGCUAUGAGCUGGACAAGGACCAGAAGACCUGUGUCGAUGUGGAUGACUGUGCCGACUCCCCGUGCUGCCAGCAAGUGUGUGCCAACACCCCUGGCGGGUACGAGUGUAGCUGUUACGCCGGCUACCAGCUCAACCCUGAUGGCUGCGGCUGUGAGGAUGUGGAUGAGUGCGCCUCCAGCCGUGGCGCCUGUGAACAUCACUGCUCCAACCUGGCCGGCUCCUUCCAGUGCUUCUGUGAGGCAGGCUACCGGCUGGAUGAGGACCGCAGGGGCUGUACCCCCCUGGAGGAGCCCACGGCAGAUCUGGAUGGCCAGCUGCCCUUCGUGCGCCCGCUGCCCCACAUCGCUGUGCUGCGGGAUGAGCUGCCACAGCUCUUCCAGGACGACUAUGGAACCGAGGAGGAGGCCGCGGAGUUGCGGGGAGAACACACGCUUACAGAGAAGUUUGUCUGCCUGGACCACUCCUUUGGUCAUGACUGCAGCCUGACCUGUGAUGACUGUAGGAAUGAUGGGACCUGCCUUCCAGGCCUGGACGGCUGUGACUGCCCAGAGGGCUGGACUGGGCUCAUCUGCAAUGAAACUUGUCCUCCGGACACCUUUGGAAAGAACUGCAGCUCCUCCUGCAGCUGUCAGAAUGGUGGGACCUGCGACCCUGUGACGGGGGCUUGCCGCUGUCCCCCGGGUGUCAGUGGAGCCCACUGUGAGGAUGGCUGCCCCAAGGGCUUCUAUGGCAAACACUGUCGUAAGAAAUGUCACUGUGCCAACCGGGGACGGUGCCAUCGCCUCUAUGGGGCCUGCCUUUGUGACCCAGGCCUCUACGGUCGCUUCUGCCACCUUGCCUGCCCUCCCUGGGCCUUCGGGCCGGGAUGUUCUGAGGACUGCCACUGCGAGCAGCCUCACACUCAGUCCUGUGACGCGAGGGACGGCAGCUGCUCCUGCAAGGCUGGCUACCGGGGCAAGCGGUGCCAGGCAGAGUGCGAGGCGGGCUUCUACGGGCCAGGCUGCCGGCACGUGUGCACUUGCCCACCAGGUGUGGUCUGUGACCCCGCGAGCGGCGCGUGCCGGAGGCAGUGCCCCGCCGGCUACCAGGGGGUGCGCUGUGAUGAAGAGUGCCCAGCAGGGACGUUUGGCGUGAACUGCUCAGGCUCCUGCUCCUGCGUGGGGGCCCCGUGCCACCGGGUCACAGGACAGUGUCUCUGCCCUCCAGGGAGGACCGGGGAGGACUGUGGAGCAGAUUGUCCAGAGGGCCGCUGGGGGCUUGGCUGCCAGGAGAUCUGCCCUGCGUGUGAGCAUGGUGCCAGCUGCGAUCCUGAGACUGGAGCCUGCCUGUGCCUCCCUGGCUUUGUUGGCAGUCGUUGCCAGGAUGCUUGCCCUGCAGGCUGGUUUGGAACUGGCUGCCAGAUGAGGUGCUCCUGUGCCAAUGAUGGGCACUGUCACCCGGCCACUGGACGCUGUAGCUGUGCCCCUGGGUGGACCGGCCUCAGCUGCCAGAGAGCCUGUGACAGUGGACACUGGGGACCUGAUUGCAUCCACCCUUGCAACUGCAGUGUGGGCCACGGCAGCUGUGAUGCCAUCAGCGGCCUGUGCCUGUGCGAGGCUGGCUACGCGGGCCUCUGGUGCGAGCAGCGGUGUCGCCAGGGCUACUUUGGGCCUGGUUGUGAGCGGCGGUGCCAGUGUGAGCAUGGGGCAGCCUGUGACCAUGUCAGUGGGGCCUGCACCUGCCCAGCCGGCUGGAGGGGAAGUUUCUGUGAGCGUGCCUGCCCUGCCGGCUUCUUUGGGUUAGACUGUGCCAGCGCCUGCGACUGUUCAGCUGGGGCCACCUGUGAUGCUGUGACUGGCUCAUGCAUUUGUCCAGCUGGCCGCUGGGGCCCACGCUGUGCCCAGACGUGUCCCACCCUCACCUAUGGGCUGAAUUGCAGCCAAGCCUGCAACUGCUUCAAUGGGGCAUCCUGUGACCCUGUCCAUGGGCAGUGCCGUUGUGCCCCUGGCUGGAUGGGACCCAGCUGCCUUCAGGCCUGCCCUGCUGGCCAGUAUGGAGAGAACUGCCAGCAUUCCUGCCUUUGCCGUAACGGAGGGAGCUGCGACCCUGUCUCAGGCCAGUGCACAUGCCCAGAGGGCUGGGACGGCCUGGCCUGUGAGAACGAGUGCCCUCCUGGACUCCAUGGAGCAGGCUGUCAGCUCAGCUGCAGCUGCCUUAAUGGGGGCGUGUGUGACCGGCUCACGGGCCAUUGCGCCUGCCCUGCCGGCUGGACUGGGGACAAGUGCCAGAGUUCCUGUGCCAGGGGCACAUUUGGGGUACACUGUGAGGAGCGCUGUGCCUGCCGGCGGGGAGCUACCUGCCACCACGUCACAGGGGCCUGUCUCUGCCCCCCGGGAUGGAGAGGCGUGCGCUGUGAGGAUGCCUGCCCCCGAGGCUGGUUUGGAGAGUCCUGUGCCCAGCGCUGCCACUGUCCACCUGGUGCUUCCUGCCACCAUAUUACUGGAGAAUGUCACUGUCCACCUGGCUUUACAGGGGCUGGCUGUGAGCAGGCGUGCCAGCCCGGCACAUUUGGAAAGGACUGUGGGCACUCGUGCCAGUGUCCUGGUGAGAACUGGGUCUGCCACCCUGCCACGGGAGCCUGUGUGUGCGCAGCUGGCUACUAUGGCACCGACUGCCAGCAACGGUGCCCACCUGGGCGCUAUGGCUCAGGCUGUGAGCAUGUGUGUGGCUGUCUCAAUGGAGGGUCCUGUGACGUGGCCACUGGAGCGUGCUACUGCCCUGCCGGGUUCCUUGGGUCCAACUGCAGCUUCACCUGUCCACAGGGUCACUUUGGCCCCAGCUGUGCCCAUGUGUGUGCAUGUGGGCAGGAAGCAUCCUGUGACCCUGUGACCGGGACUUGCAUCUGCCCUCCAGGGAGGACUGGAGUCCGCUGUGAACACAGCUGUCCCCAGGGCAGGUUUGGCCAGGGCUGUGAGCACCAGUGUGCCUGCAGGAAUGGGGGCCUGUGUCAUGCCACCAACGGCAGCUGCUCCUGCCGUCUGGGCUGGAUGGGGUCACACUGUGAACAGGCAUGCCCCGCUGGGCGCUAUGGCGCCGCCUGCAGCCUGGAGUGCUCCUGUCGCAACAACGGUACCUGUGAGCCCACCACGGGUGCCUGCCUUUGCAGCCCCGGCUUCUAUGGCCAGGCCUGCCAGCACCCCUGUCCUCCCGGCUUCCACGGAGCUGGUUGCCAGGACGCCUGUGCGUGUCAGCAGGGUGUCCCCUGCGACCCUGUCAGUGGCCGUUGCCUCUGCCCUGCUGGCUUCCACGGCCAGUUCUGCGAAAAGGGGUGUAAGCCAGGCUCCUUUGGAGAAGACUGCCGCCAGCGGUGUGGCUGCGACGGGGGAAUGCCCUGUGACCCCACCAGCGGCCUCUGUCUGUGUCCACCGGGGCGCACGGGAGCCACAUGUGACCUGGAUUGCAGAAGGGGCCGCUUUGGGCCCGGCUGUGCCCUGAGCUGUGACUGUGGGGGUGGGGCCGACUGUGACCCCAUCAGCGGACAGUGCUACUGCGUGGAUGGCUACACAGGGCCCGCAUGCCAAGAAGUGGCCACACAGCCAGCCUCCAACAGACCGAUGCCUGGGCUUAGCAGCAGAGCCACAAAGCACUAGCUUGGAGGAUCCCCCGCAGAGGCCCGCCACCUCAUUACAACCCAAAGGACCCAGGCCUUUGGCAACAACUGAGCAGACACACAUGGACCCAGGACUCCUGGCCCCUUUCUGGAGGGCUGUGGACAGCUGCACAGUCUAUCCAUCUACUAGGGCCCUAUGGCCGUGAGGAGGGAGGCCUCGUGAAGCCACAAGGAACCAAGGGAAGUGGACCAGGCCUCAGGCCAUAUGGUCUCCAGCAGGUGUUCUACAAGCUGUUCUGAGGAAGUCCCAGCGAUCCCAGGGCCCUGGGUUUGGGACCAAGGCAGGCAUGGGUGAAGACCCACCUGCCCAGCAAGUCCUUCUGGUGCUAGACCCUGGACUGCUACAACCAGCUAACUGUGUACCUGGAAAUGUAGCUUGGCUUGUAUUUAUGUAAAGCUAUUUAUGGGCAGUGCCACUUGGUGCUAUGGCCCUGAAUCAACUGGAAGCUGCCCUGCCCCAGGAAGCCCGGACUCAGGUCGGUGGGCUUGAGGGGUCUCCAGUGGUAGGCUCAGGGUUUGUGUAAAGAAGUGAGUUAAAGGCACACUGAUACCCUU